CGACACCUCUCUGCUGCAUCAGAGAAGCGCCAGAAGCCAAGCACCAGCUCGCAGGCCGCCACCACCGCAAGCGCGACCCUCGCCGUCCUCGUCUCACCUCGCCUCCCUCGCCCCCACUCGCUCAUCUGCUCUCGACUCGCCAUGCACGCCGUCGCCGACUUCUGCCUCGUCCCCAUGGGCGUAGAGGUCUCCGUCUCCAAGUACAUCGCCGAGUGCCAGCGCGUCCUCGAACAGUCGGGCCUCAAGUACGAGCUUCACGGCUACGGCACCGGUCUCGAGGGCGAGUACGGCGAGGUCAUGAAGGUCAUCGAGCAGUGCCACGAGGCCAUCCACGCCAUGGGCUGCCCCCGUAUCGCGACCGACAUCCGCAUCGGCACGCGCGUCGACAAGCAGGGUUCGCUCGCCAACAAGGUCGGCAGCGUCAAGGCCCUCCUCGCGGCGGACGAGCCGAAGCAGGCCGAGCAGACCAAGUGAGCGACCAGUCGAGGCGGGUCGAGGGAGCCGGCGGCGUUUUCCAGAGCUGGAGUGGACGGUGCGCCCGAGGCGGACAGCGCAGAAGAGGGUUUCUCACGCUUGCAGAUGUAGAUAGAGCUGUACCAUCUUGCGCGCCCGAUCGAGGAAUGAGCGCUUUGUCGUCCU